CUCUCUCUCACACACACACACAUACACACACACACACCCGAGCGGAGGAGGAUGAGGCGAAAAGAAGGAAAACAUGUUCACGACUGUACGGAUUAUAACGCUUCGAGUGUUAAAAGAAUGAUUUUCCUCCUGGUCUGGUGGUUUACUGGAAUACAUUUUACAGCUCUGCCAUGGUGUGAGGCGGUACAGGUGAGCGUGCGCGACGGGCGCCGUUUCGCAAUGCUUUUCCAGUCGGUGGUUCUGCCAUGUCAGUACACAAGCACCUCUACUCAUACACCAGUGGUGCAGUGGUGGUACAAGUCAUACUGCCAUGACCGUACGCGUGACGCAUUCAGCUUUCCAGAGUCUCUUGGGGUCCGGGGGUCUGAACUGGGGGCCACCUCCCAUCUGGACUGCAGCGACACCAGCCGGACGGUUCGGGUUGUUGCCUCUGGACAGGGAUCCUCUCUCACCAUUGCUGAUUACUACAAAGACCGAGACAUCUCCAUUAUCAACAAGGCUGACCUGCGCAUUGGAGAGUUGCGAUGGGGUGACAGUGGAGUUUAUUUCUGCAAGGUGGUGAUCGCUGAUGACUUGGAAGGCCAGAAUGAAGCUCAUGUGGAACUGCUGGUUCUGGGUCAGACAGGUGUGGCUGACGAUCUCCUGCCUGAGAUAGAUCUGGAGAUUAUGCCAGAGUGGGUGUUUGUGGUGGUUGUAGUCCUCGGUGGUGUCUUGUUCUUCAUCCUGGCCGGUGUGUGCUGGUGUCAGUGCUGUCCUCACUCCUGCUGCUGCUACGUGCGAUGCUGCUGUUGCCCUGAAACCUGCUGUUGUCCUCGCCACUUGUAUGAAGCUGGGAAAGGCAUAAAAACUACACCCUCCAUGCCAGUAGCACUCUACCCUCCAUACUACAUGCAAGGCAUGCCCACGAUGGUGCCCAUCUCUCCUCCCUCUCUCGUUGAGUCCAAGAUGUCCAUGGCACCAUCCGUCGAUAAUAAUAAUGUCUCUUCAUCUCAGCAGCCGUCAGUGCACAGUGGGUAUCGUCUCCAGCCCACGCCGGAUCAGAAUUCACUGAAAGUGCUGCAGUAUGUGGAGAGAGAGCUGGCGCAUUUCAACCCUUCUAAGACCCUCAGCAGUCAUGACACUUGCAGUAUGUCAGAACUUAGUUCCUUACACGAAGCAGAGACAGAUUUCCACCAGGCUUAUCGGAAGGUUCAGAAGAAAGCACUUCCAGCCAUUCCUGAUAUGGAUGACCCUCCAGACCUACUGAGUAGAGAAAAGUCUCCAGUGCACGCACAAACUUCUACUCGACUUCCUCAUCAUCGAGUGAAGGAUGAUCACCCAAGGUGGAACCCUCGUUCUGAGCACCUGCAGAGGAAGGCUUUCCAAAUGAAAGGACGCACAGGCUCUCUGGACGAGCUUGAGGAGUUUGCCAUGAGCUACGUGCAGCGACGGCGCCACGAUGACUUUAGUGACGAAGAAGAUGGUCACUUGACAUGUUCAAAACAAAGGCAGCGCGAACACGAGCACGACCGGCGGAGAGAACAGGAGCUGGUGCAUGACCGUUAUCCAUACUAUAACUCUAAACGUUAUUCUCCUAAAGAUUUUCAAGACAGACCUCGUCCUCCAAGUCCUCCUCCUGUACUGGGCAACUCAAAGAGACGAGAUACAGGAGACGGCAAUCUUCGGCGUGAUCGUAACGCAUGGGAUUUGAGAAGGCAGGAAGUCGAGAGCAGACAGGACUAUGAUGACGCCCUCCUCAAUAGCUUAUUGGAACGCAAAGCAAAAGCCGGGAGGAGCUUGUCUUCGAAAGGUGGCCGGAAUGAGGAAGAAUCAGAUAGGCCCUCGAAGAAUAGUUCUCAAAAGAGCUGCCACAGUCACUCACCUAGCAACAGAUCAGCUAGCAACAGACCAACAGAGGAGGACGAGUCGUUGCCCCCGUACGCAGAAAGGGAACCAGAGCGUUUCCGUGGAGCUGUGAACUCUCACCAACCCUUGACUUCCACACGCUCCAGAAAAGAACAGGAGAAUAAAGAGGAACUGAGUAGGCCGCGGAAAGUGAACACACUCCUAAGCAGAGAUUCGCUCAUAGUCUGAGCUGUAAAGCCAGGUCUCACACGCACUUGCUCUCCAUCCAGCAUCUGUUGUCUUCCCACUCUGAUCUUCACACUUUUCACCUGCUAAUUGGCCGUCUGACAUCCUGUAACGCUCGGAGGAUUAAAUGGAGGAGGAGUGUUUAUUACAGCAACGUCCAAACAGUCCUGGAAAAGAUCGAGUUUCACGAAGACGCUUUGUUAUCUUAAAUAAAACAACUGUUACUUAUGUGGACUACAAGCAGCCAGGAAUCUGGUGGAGCUACAGGUUUACAAAGACAAGAUCAAAGUGGUAGUAUGUUAUUUUAUGGUACCUUUAAAAAAAACUGUUAUUCUUCUAAUACUUUUGAACUCUGUGAUAAAGUUUGUCCACGUUACAAGGAACUUUUGCAGCGAUACAAAGUGGACGUAAAGGAAAUGUGUUUAUUUUAAGUAGGACACAUGCUGUGAUUGUAGGAACAUGAAGGCAUUAUGGGUAAUGCUACGUUCACACACAGAACGAUUUUAUCCCUGCAAGUCUCCAUCGCUUACUAUACUAUACUGUACUAUAAAGUCGUCCAGGAAACUCGUUGCCAUAGUAAUAACACAACUAGCAUAUAGACUAACGACAAAUCAGUCUUCUUGCUACUAAAACAUAACGUUAAUGAGGGAGAUUUUGCUGUUUGUGCAUAAAAUUCAGCAGGUAAAAUUAAUCACGGCAGCUCUCGUUGAAAAAAAAUAAACUCCUGUCGCCUUGUAGCUGUAUGUGUGAACGUAGCGUUGGGAAACAGCGUACACACGAGUCUUUGUGAUGACACGCAACCAUGAUUUCACUCGACGUCACCAGGAGCCGCUGUGUGAGAUCAGACCGUGGAUGAUGUCACGCACCUUUUGUGGCAUCUUGAGAUCUUGUAUCUUUCACCCCUUAUUGUUAUGUGCCAACAAACAAUGCCAUAUGUGUUAUGUUAUCUGGAGAAUGAGGUUUUUAUGUCUGUUUUAAUACAAAAAUAAUAAGUGAGAAACUUGCCAGUUAUUAAUUCUAUGCCUGUUUUUUUUUUUUUGUUGCUUAUUUUCUAUUUGUGUCUACAUAUGUGGACAUUGUGUUUUAACACUUAUUACUGUACCUUGGCUACGUUUUAUCUUCAAUAUUUAAUACUAAAUCGUAUCAUUAACUUAAAUAUAGCGGUUAGAGGAACAUUCUGGCUCUUUCUAACCUAAUCUCUGUAUGUUGAGUCUAAAAUGUGAAUAGACUGAAUAUCACAUACAAGCAGUGACACGAGAAAUAAACUGAAACUCAACAUUA